UCCCCGUCCCGAACCCGCCCCGUUGCCAUUCCUAAAUUCCAACUCGAAACAGUAUCGGUACCAAACACCUCCUGACAGGAAUAACGAGAGGUCAGUCCUUGCUUUGCAACCAAUCACUCCGAUAAUACCCAACUCAUUUUUCCCUCCCUCCUAGUUUUUUCUUCCCGCCAAAACGACAUCCAUAACCACUGGAGUUGAGAGAGAGAGAGAGAGAGAGAGAGGCGGAAGAUGGAGAAUGGAGGAUCGGCGCCGACGGGCUGCUACAAGUGCGGCCGGCCAGGCCAUUGGUCCCGAGAUUGUCCAUCAGCAAGUACGAACCCUAGCUCCAAUUCUAAUCCUAAUUCCAGCUCUAAUUUCUCCCGGCCAUCAUUCAAGAACAGUGGGAUUCCAAAACCAACUGAUAAGGCUCUCGAGAAGCCCAAAAAGGUUCCAAGAACGAGGCCGAAACUCACUCCGGGGCUUCUCCUCUCCAACGAUGGCCUUGGUUACGUUCUUCGCCACUUCCCUCGCUCUUUCAAAUUUCGAGGCCGUGGGCACGAAGUUAGCGAUCUUAGGAACCUAAUUGGAUUAUAUGCUGAAUGGCACUCGCAUUUGCUUCCUUACUACUCGUUCGAUCAGUUUGUGCACAAGGUGGAAAAAGUUGGUGCUACGAAUCGUGUCAGGACAUGUAUUAAAGAAUUAAGAGAGAGAGUUGCCAAUGGAGGGGACCCUUCAAAAUUGCAUGAACCACCAGUUGAACAAGAUGGCAGAGAUUGUGAACCAGGUGCAGAAGGAGCUAUGACAUUGGAAAAGCCAGAUCUUGAAAUGGGAGAGCAGUCAACUAGGAACAAUGAUGCUGAUGAUGUACAGGGACACAUGUUUGAUGAGAUUUAUCAGAAGAUUACUGAAGAAUCUCCACAAUCUUUGCCAAGCCAAAUGGUUAGCUCUGGAGUAACUUCAGUUCAUAAUUUGAUUAAAGAAUCAUUAAAUCAAGUGCUAGACACUGGAGGAAAUGGUUCUAGUGAAAUCCGUAUCACAGAGGAGCAGAGAACUCGUAUGGAAGCUAACCGGCUAAAGGCAUUAGAGAGAGCUGCUGCUCGCGCCAAAUCUGUGCAAGCAGCUUGAUCUUAUUCUCCUUGUCAUUCAUUGCCAUUUUCAGUACUUGUGUAUGCUUUUUUCUUCACCAGUCCUAACCAAAACUUGCUUACUGCAAAACAGUGGAACACUUUAUUUAUGUUUCAUCUUUUGUGAUUAAAAUGUUAGAUCUUGUUGGAUUAAUGUAUUUCAACAGAUCAUGGUCAUGGGAGUAUAAAAAAUUUGGAUUGCGUUUACCCAA